GGCUUUGAGCAGGCAGCAUGCCACAGAAAAUAGAGGAAGCCAGCUCUAGAAAGGACCCAGGAAACCACCUUGUCUGGCCCCUGCCCCGAGGGAAUGACUGAGUAAUAUCUGCUAAGUGCUUUUAGGAAGACUUUCAACUUGACCAGCAAUAAAGAUACCCCAAGACGUGUUUCUCUCUUCGCUAUUGUCAGGUUCUUCACUCUGCCUUUGCUGAACUUCACACCCAUCACUUUUUUCUCUGUCACAAAGGACAGUAGAACAGAUUAGCAGCCCCAACUUCUUCCGUCUUGCAUUAAAGGCCAUUGAUGCCAGCUACUCCACCAAUCUCACUGCUCUCCAGAUUAUCAUUGAUGACUUUCUUUGAGGACGUGGUCAGAGAGCAUCACCUCUCUUACUGAAGUCGAGGUAGCUCCCGAAACUGCUUAUCCCCUAACCUCAGAGACUGUUUCCUCAAGAAAAGUAUCUUGACAGCUUGCCCCUCAUCAGUCAACAGCAUCUGCUGCCUAUCACCUAGAUGCAGUAUGACGGAAAAGCUCUUUUUUUCACCUGGCCCGUCAUCCCAAGGUUCAAGGACCGCGGCUGAAGGCUAGGGCAGAACCUUUAGCCAGCAGAACCCACUGAGAAGCUCCCACUCGAGUGGAAUUGUUUUAAGAUGAACAGUUUAAUGUUUGGGGGGGAGGGUGUGGGGGGUGUGCUGGCGGGAGUCGGCCUCUUGAGCCCUGCGCCCCGCGUUUGGUGAAACACAGGGUGAGGAGGCGGCGAUGGGACACCCCCCACCGCCGGGCACGCUGCGGGGUGGCGGAGCCCCGGGGGUGGGGCAGGGCCAGAGCAGCCAAGCGGAGCGCCGGUUGGGCCCGCGGGGCCGGUUCCGCUGUGGGCCGUGCCCGGGCAGUGGUGGCGGGAGACAGAGCUGCGCGGCCGCACGGGCCCAGACUUGCUCUUCUUUAUUGCCUGAAGCACGAUGUUUGUUCAGACUGGGCAUUGUGAAGUGUAAACCAGGUCCCACUGGCACCAGCACUCACCUCUGCCUUUGCUAGAAGCAAUGCAGACCAACCCAUGCUAAGGAUCUAGAAGCAAAAAAAUCUUGGAAGAGGCUGCUGGCACAAAUUUCAAACCUAUUGGGCGUUGCACAAAUGUACCUUCUUAUCAAAAGCAAAUGAAAGUGCAGAAGGAUCAGUCCAUAAUGCCUGAGGUGCGAGACCUUUCUGAUGCCUUGCCUGACUUGCCGAUGGAUCCCAUCACGGGUGUUGGUGUGGUUGCAUCCCGGAACCGAGCGCCGACAGGUUAUGAUGUAGUUGCACAAACAGCAGAUGGCUUGGAUGCUGACCUCUGGAAAGAUGGCUUAUUUAAAUCCAAGGUCACACGAUACCUGUGCUUCACAAGAUCGUUUUCAAAAGAAAAUAGUCAUUUAGGCAAUGUCUUGGUUGAUAUGAAGCUCAUUGAUAUCAAGGACACUCUACCGGUGGGCUUCAUCCCCAUCCAGGAGACCAUUGAUUCACAAGAAGUAGCUUUCAGAAAGAAGAGGCUGUGCAUUAAAUUCAUCCCGCGGGAUUCUACAGAGGCAGCAAUCUGUGACAUCCGAAUCAUGGGUCGAUCUAAACAAGCCCCUCCUCAGUACACAUUCAUAGGGGAGCUGAACAACAUGGGCAUCUGGUAUAGGAUGGGCAGAGUCCCCCGCAACCAUGAGUCGUCACAGCCUGCAAGUCCUCCCUCCCAAGCACCAACUUCAACACCAGCUCCUAACCUGCCGAGGCACAUCUCGCUGACACUUCCUGCCAGCUUUCGAGGGAAAAGUCACAGCACUCGCCUGGACCUGGAGCACCAGCACUCAAAUUUGUAUGCCAUAUCAGCAAUGGAUGGAGUGCCUUUCAUGAUUUCAGAGAAGUUUACCUGUGCUCCUGAAGGGAUGCAGCCAGUUGAUCUCUUGGGCAUCACAAUCAAAACCCUUGCAGAAAUUGAAAAGGAGUAUGAUGGUGCUGGUGACAAGUCACCAGGAAAACUGGACUGCACUUUCAGUGAGGCUGAGUCUUCCGGGAGCUCGAGGAGGAGACAGCCAUCAAACUGAGGGUGAUUUCGUGUUCCCAGGGGAGCAUUUUGCCAUAUGCAUGGUGCCAACGAGUCGCCUGCUUUGCUAGGGCUGCAUUUCAGCUGAAGUCUUAGAUCAGGAUGUUUCAACAGCAUGUGUGUCUUCAGGCACCAUCAUUCACAAACAUCUUCUGUGUCACAAACAUCUUCUCUUGUGCUGACCAACUGACUUAAAGGCAGAGAGUAAGAAAGUGCAUAGCAAAACUUCCAGACUCUUUGUGACAUCUCCACUUUUUGAUUCCAGUUAUGAGUCCAGUUUCCUAAAUUCAUCCUCUUCUCCUACCUGGAAGUUUUGUCUGAGUAUGAAGAGAAGGUGGAUGGUUGCUAAGGGAGCUGCAACAAUCACUCUGAAGAUGCUGCCUGAAAUGGGCAAUUGCUGGCAGGAGCACAUGUGCCAUUUCACUGUAGCAUCUUUCACAAAGGCCAUGUGUGCUGGGGGCCAGGGCUUUUCAGGGCUGGCGGCCCCCACAGGUAUUUGCCUCCUUCCAACCUGCCCUCACAAGGAGCUGGCUGCAGGACAGCAGGUCCCUUUUGCUGGAGGGAAAGCAAAGUGGUGUUGGAUAGGCAUGUGCAAGAGAGAUCUGGGCAGCUCAGAACGCUACCAGGAGGUGUAGUCUGUAUGAUCGUGCCCUAUACUACUUACAGGCCCACAAAGCCCAGAGACAUUGACACUGGAGACAUUUCUGUGGUCUUGAGGAGAGAGGUUGAUACCUGUCAGUUCUCCCCCACACCCUUGUGUUCUGUUACAAGCUGUGUGUGUUUCAGAGUAAUGAAAAGUAUAAUUAUGCAGCCCAUAUUCCUUGAUGAAGCAUCUUGUCUGCACAUAGAUAGCUAGGCAUAUAAAUAUUGUGAAUUUCUGCAUGGCUUUAUUUCCCUUGCAAGCAAUAGCAACAUUACAGCAAAUCUUCUGGAUUUCCAAAGCAGCAAGAACAUUUUCCCUGGAGCUAGAUGCCUUGCAAAAAAUGCUCCCAAAGAAUUCCAAGAGUUAUUGUUCUCUGUCGUCACAUUUGUGGAUUUAUGCACCCAUUCUCCAAGCUGCAAGGCAAGGAUGAAUGAAAGUACUUCACCCUCUCAGGAAAAACGAUAAAAAUAGGUACAAAUCCUGUACUGUGUGUUUGGACAGCACCUGAAGUCACUUCUCACACAGCAGGACUGGAGUAGUGUAUGAAGAAGUGGGAUGUGAAGUGAUGCUCAGUGGGUAAAGGCAGGUUUAAGCUGAGGGCACCCUUUGCUCAUGGCAGUUUCAGUGGAUGUGGGACGAUGAGGCAGCAUGGCUGCUGCUCUUCCUGUGAAGGCUGCAUGGGUUUGUCCGGGCUAGGGAAUGUCACUGAGCUGGCGUCUUGGCAGGUGAGGCAGCUGCUGUGCAGUGAGGAGUGGUGCAGGUGGUGGCAAAGGCACUGUCACCCCUCACAGCUCGUGGUGGUGGUAGUGCAUGCUGCUUUGCCACGUGGCUGUUGGCAGCAGAGUCAGGCAUCAGGCUGUCAUGGGGCGCUGGCAGGGCACACCCCAUCCUCACUUUAAGCUUGGCACUGAGCAGAGAGUCUGGAGAGAGCCUAAUUAGAAAAGCGAGCAUCUAAUAUUAAUCAUUCCUUUUAAACUGACAAGGAAGGCAGUUCAUUUAACCACUUAAUUGCUACAAGUUUUCAUGGGCUGCUCUUUGCAAAUAUAUUUAAUGAAGAAGUUGUAAAUCUAAAAGAGCUUAAAAUUUUAAUUUUAUACAGAAAUAUUUUUCCUUGUUCUCAUGUUUGUAGUCAAUCCUCCAGAGUGUAGUCACAUGAAAUGUUCUUUAAAUGAACAUAUUUGCUAACUGGCAUGAUUUCAGUUUUUAAAACAUUGGUUCCAGCAAUUAGGCAUUUUUUUCAGUUCCCAAAUGACUAGAGAAAUUCGUCUUGAUUAUAAUUGCUCUUAGCCACGCAUAUCUAAUUUGUGUCUUUUUAAGUGUUAAUUAGUAAACAGUUUGAGCUGACAUCUUUAUGUGUUUGUGUGUUGAAAAAUGAGGCUUACUGCUUAUUUAGCUCGGGGCUGGUACUGCUGGCUGUGACAUCAUGACAUUGAGGUAAAAUUAAUGGAGACGUGUUUGCCAAUUAAAAGGCAAGCUGAAGGCGGAGGAGGGCUCCGCGACAUCACCUCCCGCGCAGCCUGCUCGGGAUGCGUAGGGUCGGAGCUAGUGUCGUUGGACGCAGCGGCGUUGCCGCGGCUGUUUCGGGACCGCCCCGGUUCUCACCGGCGGGAGCGGGGAGGGGCUCACGCCGCGGUCCCUGGGCGCCCCCUGCCGGCCCCACGCAGCCCCCGCGCCUUCUCAUUUCGGUCCCCCUCUGCCCGGGGACCGGGAGCGGGUCUGCGGGGACUGGCGCCGUGUUUGCGGCAGGAGCUGGGCCACCCGUAGUCCUGUGC